AUGCAGAGUUCCGCACCUGAGUCGGACCACCGAGUGCAGCAGCUGCUCCGAGAUGUGGCCCAGGGCCGGAAGCGUGAUGGAGCACUGGGAGCUGUGACUCUGUCGGAGGAGGCGGUGGAAGAAGCAAUUGCUGCCUUCGAGGACUGGAUGAGGGAAGGACGGCCUGGCAUGCCCUGCUCGUACUGGUCGAACACGCACAAAGUUUACAUCAAGGGCUUUGUUGGAGAGAUGGAAGCGGAGGACCUGUUGAACGUAAAUGCAUCGCCGCAGAAGACCGCGGAGAUGAAAUUGAUGGGGGAACCGGCAAACAUCCGUCCCCGAGAAGAAGCCGGAUGGUACGUUCCGCCACUGCCAGAAGCAGCUGCCAAGCCUGAAGCGGAUUGCAAGCAAACUCUGCAGAGAGUUAAGGCAGACUUCGAUGGGGGGCAGUAUGGAGAGGAGUAUUUGAUCCUCAAGGAGGGUGAUCUGCUGGAAAAUCUGAGCUCGGAAGAAGGCUGGGAGUGGGCCCGAAUCGUUCAACGUGCGGCCCAGUCUCUUGGACCAACGGAGGGCUGGUAUCCGCCGAGCUUUGCGGAGCCGCUGAGCUCGUAG